GGAAGCUUUUGUUCUUUCCUCGUCGUCGACGCUUUGACGCUUUCGACCAUCUCUCACAAAAGUGAAGCUUCAUCAGAAGAUCCGAUACAACACAACUCUCAUCAACCACUACACUUCUAAUCAACUACUACUAUCAUAGCCACGAUGGACGACUAUCCCGCUGCCGAAGCCAUUCCGGACCCUGCCGCCACGGAAUUUCAAUAUCGCGAAUUGAUGCAAUUCUUGACCGACUCUCGGGAUAUGCGCAAGGCCGCCACAGGAUCCGUCAAGCAAGGACUCUGUGCGGCCGGUGGAGCCAUUGCCGGUGGAUUUGUCCUAGGACCCGCCGGUGGUCUCGUGGGAGGUAUUGGAGGAUCCAUUUAUGGAUUCUUGACGGCCGACAAUUACGAUGGCGCACUCCAGCAAAUCAUGGCGCUGGAACAAGAACAACAAGCGAAACUCAUGACCGAUGUGGGGGGAGUCUUGAGAGCGGCUGGAGCCACGGCGCAACAAUUCGAUUCGCCCGAAGCCUUUCGUGCUACAUUGAUGGAAUUUGCUGCACAACCGGCAGUGCGAGAUCAAAUUUGGCGUUCUUGUAUUGAGGCUUCCAGGACAUGAUAAAACAAACGACAACACGAGAAAAAGAAGCUGCAAAGCUUUCAUUGUGACAAUCCACAUCAUUACCAGGAUCCAAAUAUUUGUAUGUUUGUCCAGCUUGUAGAUGGUGCUGGCCGCUGAAAGUAAAGAAAAAGGAAAACUAGGGGGUUUGUUUUUGGAAGAAACAAAAGGAACCCUCUUGGCAGGCUCAAAAGAAUACAUGUUUAGAACAAAUCAAAAACCAAGCCCAACAAUUAUCUGUACAUAGAUGCCUGCUUAUCUAUUAUGUGUCACAUACAUGUCUGCUUUCUUUCUACUGUACACCUGCCCUGGUCCUUGCCUUGUCACUCCAUUCUCCCUCUAAUCUCAGCCAUCAUCAGAC